GACAGCCAUUGUUAGAACAUUGCCUACCCUUUAAGUGGACAUCUGGGCUGGUUUAAUCGAUCCAGAAGGCUAAAAAGCUCAACAAAUCUUUCUGAAAUUCAACACGGCAAACAUUUUUUCAGCCAAAACACCAACUUGUCGUCAGUUAAAUAGUUAACCACCUCCAGUAGUUAAGAACCAAGUUGCAUCAUGUUCCGACUUUUGACUGCCUGCUGGUCUCGUCAGAAGGCCACAGAAGGAAAACAAAGGAAUGUGACUAUCAUUGUCAUUGGCUUGGACAACUCUGGCAAAAGUCAUCUUGUAGCGGCCUUUCAAAGAUUAAUUCCUAGCAAGAUGCACAGUGAAAUGAGACCAACACAAACAACACUUCUACUAGAUGAUUAUCAAGUAUCUGUCUAUGACCUAACUGGAGACCUAAAGGGCCGUGAAAAAUGGCCAAACUACUAUGCUGAGGCACAUGGGCUUGUUUUCGUCGUGGAUUCUAGUGACAUAGCACGUAUACAGGAAGUGAAGAUCAUCUUAACUCGCCUAAUGUUUGACAAAAGGGUAUCAGGGAAACCCAUCUUAAUCCUGGCAAACAAACAAGACAAGAAGGAUGCACUUUUGCCUUGUGAUAUCAUUGAGUAUCUCCUUCUGGAAAGACUAGUGAAUGAGACUAAGUCUAUGUGCCGAGUGGAGCCAUGCUCAACCAUAAGAAACCUUCCAAAGAGGCACCAACAGCCAAUAGUUAUAGGGCUGCGCUGGCUAUUAGCUGCCAUUGGGGAUCGAUAUGAUGAGCUGUGCACUCGACAUCAAACACCUAGUAUGAGCAACAUCUCAAGCUCCAAGAACAUCAGAGGCUGUGGAGAAAGAUGCUCAUCAGACAGCUUAUCUACCAGAGGAGUGGGUGUGGUCAGAAACAACCACAGACAGCAUUUUGAGAAAAGACAACACCUAGAGCAUAGACAGCAUGUAGAGCAAAGACAUUUUGAGAAAAGACAGCAUUUUGAGUCAAGACAGCACUUAAUUCAACGCUCACUGGAUGCUAGGCCCCUAAAGCCAAUUUUGCAGAAAGAUGGUUUUCGAAUAAGACCCAAAAAGAAUAUGUCAGUAACAUUUGCUCUGGACGUAAUCAUGGAGGAAGGUGAAUGUUCUCGGAAGAUUGGAGCUCCAAAUAUCAGUAAGCCUUGCAAUAGUCAGUGUUAUGAUACAAAGACUCCAGCUCCAUCUGCUGAUGCCAAUCUUUUUAAAGCCCGGAGACCCAAAAAGAGAAUAGAAACCUGGGACACUGAAGAAAUGUUUUUGGAAGACCCUCGUGGAGAAGCCUUCCGUUCCUGUGACUUAACAGACUACUAAAGAGUAAACAGAGGGACAGCAAAAUAACCAUUCCCUCUACCACCUUAUAGUAACUGGGCACAGCUCCAGAAGCAGCAGGAACACCCAGUCUUUGUAUUUCACUGGAUAACACCUCUGCAGUCCACGAACAAGUUCACCUAUCUAACAUCACAUCCCUGAGAACCAUUGUUUCUGCACACCAGUAAGUUCAUCCAUACUCACCGAGUGCCUCAGGAAGUUAGGUGCUGUCCAUCUGAGCAAAGAACAACAGAGACUUCCCAUUUGUAAUGAGAUGCUCCUGACAAAGCUUAUGGAUCAAGUGUCGUGCACAACUGAAAAUGAGCCUUAGACGAACAGGGUUACUUUAGAAUCACACGUUUCUCGUUACGGUUCUCGGGUAUAAAGGGCCUGGCAAAAUAAAUAAGAAUGAUGCUCUACUCAA